AUGGACAUCGCACUGACCGAAGCGAUGAAAAAUAUAGUUCCUAAAGGACUUCCGGCCGACAUUAAUUCGGCGUUUAGUGGUUAUGUGACGGAGAAACUGUACAUGUUGUUACAACUGUACCUGCAAAAUAAAGGAUGGAACAGCAUAGAAUUAUUGAAAAUAUUCUCUGAAAUGAAAGAUUCAUCUGUAUUACCUAGUGCUUCCUACCUGCAAAUGAUGGCUUCGAGAGUAUCAUUAGAUAGUCAAGCAAGAUUAAUCCUUCGAGAGAAUGGUAAAAUUAUUUUACCUUAUGAACAUUUUGCAAAUGCGGUAAUGUUAAAACAUAUGAAUGGCCCACACGGAUUACAUUUGGGUGUUGAAGGAACUGUUCGAGCGGUUAUGGAUUCAUAUACAAUUGGUCGUGAAAACUUUGGUAUGGAGAAAGAGUUUAUUAUUGAAGUUGUACAAAACUGUCCAAACCCAGCAUGUCGCUAUUACAAGACUCAAUUAGAUUUAUCUCAACAUACUAAGCAGUCAAAUUACAUGAACUCUCCAAAUUCUGGUGUAAAUAUUCCAGUUGGUCGUGAAAGUCCAAGUAUAUCAAUGAGUCAAAUGAUUAGUCAGCAAUUAAGUGCUCAUGGUUUGGCACCUUCUAGUAGUCAAUCCCAGCAACCACAUUCAGCACCUGUCGAUCUAACUGGACCAUCUCCACAUCCAGCCCCUGAAAUACCGAAUCCAAUGCCUAUACACAUACCGCAGGUUCCAAAAACUGUAAGUGCAAGACAAGCACAGCACAAUAAGUUGGCAGAUUUUUUAAAGGCCAAUCUUGAAAAUCUAGACAAUAAAGAUCUAAUGGCUGCUCAUGACACAACUUGGCCUGAAGUUUCAGACAACCGUAAAGGUCAUUUAGAUGCUGGCCAAGAAAAAAUUAUUAGAGCAUUUUCAGAAAUAAUGAAAAAUAUGAAUAGAAUGAAAGCAUGUGUGAGACCAGCCAUGUGUAAGCCUUAUGGAAAACAAUCAGAAUCAUUACAAAAAACUUUGAUUGAUACAAUUCAGCUUGUUCAGUCAUUAAGAUCGUUUCUUCCUCCACCACAUAUUGCAGUCAGUAGCUGGAAAAAUGAAGAUAAACAUGGAUUAAGAAAAACUGUUUUAGACAAUUCUAAUCAAACAGUUUCAGCUGCCAAUUUUAAAGAUCUCUGUGAUGCAAUGUCUCGUAACAAGCAAAAUUGA